AUGCCCAGAGAUCACCCCUCCAACUCUACGGGUUUCUUUCGCGAUCCUCCGGAGUUCGGGCCGUCGCCAGGGCAAGUGUGGAGGAUUCGCGAAUCUCUGAUGUUGCCUCUUGUGGAGUGGCUGAAGGCCCGGACGAAAGACACUCACGGUGUGGACGCUUUGACCUUCAAGACUUGGGUCGACGAGCAUGGAUGUAAAGAGAACCCCCGACCAUGUCUCCUCACGGCUACCUUUAGCAAGCUAACACCGCAAGCGUAUCUGAUGGGCACGUUCAAUAAUGGGUCCAUCGACCGUCUAAAGCUCCUCAUCGAUAUCUUCACUGUCGAAAUCGACCCUGCAGACCCAACUUCAUCCUCGCAUCAUCUACACGCCACACCACGCUGGCCACAGGCCAAACGUCAGUUCUUGAUACUGCUGCCGAUUACCACGAAAGGCCUGGUGCCUCCAGGGCUCCCGGAGUCUAAGAAUCAAGGCUACUUGCUGGACCGCUGGCAAGAGACGCUUGCGUGUCAACAGUAUGGCUUCCCUGCUCUGCAACUUAGGCGGCUCGAGGACCUUCAGACCGCGAGGAUGUCCCAGUGGAACGACAAGGUGAUGCCGGAGUUCAAGCUCAAACACAUCAAGGAUUUCAAAACUUGGCUUGUGCAGUCAUAUCGCCGUGCAGACUUUGAGUAUAGCUCUGAUCCAACGCAAAGUGGCCCGUCAGUGGCCCAGCAGCCUUUACCUUCGGUGCAGAACCUGCGAACAAAGUCCAUCAGGUUUGAUACAUUACCUAUCGGUUCUAGUGCUUCGCGGCGUCUCAGUCGGGCCUCUUCUACAACCGCAGAGUCAUCGUCGCCACCACGCACACCACCGCAAGCUCCAGCUGUACUCGACGACGCCCGUAUCGUGAGCGCGGACACCACAGAUCCUUCCUUGUCUGCCGUCUCUGCCCUGCAUGUGCAGAAACCUCCAAAGGCUAAGUCCUUCAAGCUUCCUUUCGGACUAGGGAAGAGCAAGCGUCGCGCACCCGAUACCGUCUCGCAGAAGUCACUGUCCAUCAAUGUCCCGCCGCCCACGCUGAGGAUUAUCGCUACACCACCCGCAUCCCCUGUGAAGCCCAUGUCGCGGAAGGAGAAACGCCGUAGUCUACACCGCGAGUCGGGUCGCUCGUAA